AAGGUGAGACGUUUAAAACUGCAAUGCACGUGAGUUUAAUCAUCAGGUGUUGUUUAGCGUUCCCUAAGGUCGAGAGAAAAUUCAGUCUGAAAGAGAUUAUUAAAGUCGAAAUGUUCUCGUGGAGUCCUCGCUCUUCUCUCGUCAUUGUCUUCAUUCCGGUUGUUAUUGGAUUUUUUGUGGAUUUUAGUGGUGCUAAUGAUCAAUGCAAAAACAAGAUGAUGAAUAUUGUUAUGAAGGUGUGCAGUGGUGCAGGAGUUAAGAGCAGGCGAGACAUUGAAGAUCAUUGGGCUGUCCCACAUUCAACGAUCAGAGGGAAAUUCGUUCAUCGUCUCCAGAAGCGACAGCAGCCACGGGAAUUCGAUCCCUUUGUCGGGUCUCCAGGAGAUCUACCUGGUGGUGCAGUACCUCCUGUACCGGUGGUUCCUCCAGAAUCUCAUUUUGGUAAUCCUCCGCGGGAUCAACGAUUUAUUGGACUUCUCCAACAGGAAGCUAAUAUCGGCCCUGAGUUGAAACCGAAUAUAGACGAGUUAGAUGACCUUUACGACGAGCUCUCAGAGAGAUUUCCACGUCAAUUGAAGGACAACGAGAAGAUGCGAAAGAUGUUUUUCGAUCUUGCUGACGAGUGCUGUCGACAUGACGUCGACUUGUGCUUCGAAUCGAGUAAACUAUUGAAAUGUGUAUGACAAAUAAAAUUCUCCUAUCCCUCAUGAA